AGGCAGAAGAUUAUAGGUUAAGUUCACUUCAAGGUAUUCUUUUGAAGGUAUCGGUGAAUGUUGUAAAGCUUGUGUAACAGCUGGGAACAGCUGAAAGUGAAACGGACUGAGCAUAUUGAAUUAGGCACCACAGCCAUUGCUCUCCUUGGCCACGCUAACAAAAUGAUAAAUUCAAAGAGAAAAGAACUUCACAAAGCAGACUUGGACUAUAAGUACCACUAUUUGACUUCGGCAUCUUUGCUCUACACUGAUUUACUGUACGGCAAUGACAAUGAAGUAAAUAAUAACGUCAGAGAAAUCAAUAACAUGAACUGAAUUGGUAAAGCGACAGGCCGUGGUGGAGGUCCGGUGAGAGGACGGGGCCGAAGAGGUUUUUACCCAUACAGUUAAUGAAGCCGAGGCUUCCGCGGUCGUAGUCGUGGUGGUUUUCCAGUCCGCACAGAAUCCCCAUCCACGACAAGAAACGGCAGAUUUCCACAGAAGAAGUAGAUCAGGUGUGUGGCACAAGUAAUUCAGAAAGGACAGAGCAGAGGUCUUGCUGGUGGCACCUUUUUGGAUAACACAAAAUUCUUUCACCAGUAUUCUGGAAAUGUUGACUCGCAAUCAAUUCAUUCUGAAAGUGGACCAGAACACAUUGAAAUUACCACAAACAUAAGAGUGCAUCUUUUAGUCAACAAACUACAUCUAAGGCUAUGUCGUAUAUCCGGAGAUCCUAUGAAAAGCGAAACUUAUCUGAAAAGUAUAUUAACAUCAUCAUGGCCUCAUGGAGAUAGACUACACAGAAGCAAUAUUCCACGUACAUUAACCGAUGGAUUCACUUCUGGGAAAUGGAUCCACUUCAAACCCCUAUAGAGUAUUGCAUAGAAUUUUUAACUGAACUAUAUGAUUCAGCUAUGAAACAUUAAAUACUGCAAGAAGUGCUUUAUCAAGUUUAUGUAAAAAAACAAGAUGGUUAUAAUGUGGGAAGCCGUCCAUAAGUAAUACGUUUUCUCAGUGGUGUUUAUAACUUGCGUCCAACUAAACCAAAAUACAAAGAGACAUGGGAUGUGUCAAAAGUUCUGUGAUAUUUGAAAACUCUGACACCAGCAAGACAGUUGUCAUUAAAGAUGCUAUCUUACAAGCCAGUUAUGCUUAUAGCUUUGAUUCAGGUAAGUCGAAGCCAUUCUAUUUCUUUGUUGACACUUGAUAAUUUGAUGAAAGACAGUGAGUCUUAUGUGUUACACUACACCAGGUUGUUGAAACAGUCGAUGAAAGGAAAAGUUAAUCCAAUCCUAAAAUUAAACAGAUACGUCGGUGGAUAAAAUUUGUGUUGAAAAGUUCUAGGAUUGAUAUUGAUAAAAUAGUCUACAGAUACAACGUGUGCCAGAUUCUGUGACAAGCCUCUGUAGAGAGAAAGUUGUAGUUCCUUCCAGGAUGUUGUAUUGCAGUUAACAGAUGGUACUGUUUAUAAUAUCUAGUUGGGAUUUAACGAAGGACAAUAAAUGGCCGAAGACUGUGGCGGCCUUGUGGCAGGGUUGUCCGUGUUUUUCUAUCUUCUGGGCGUUGCCACGGCAACCCUCGUGCUCGUCCUCCUUCCAUCCAUACACAGACGACUAAUUUCGUUGUUUGACCGAUGUUGUCGUCGAAAUACGCCUUCUACCGCCGUCGACAAUGGUGCCAUUAAGCCGCAGGGGAACAAUUAUGCUGAAAUCGACCCGAACUUGACUCGGACGUGGAUGCGAAGCCCAGAGCACAAUAAGAAGGUCGUCGUAGACUUGAGGCCACUGAACAACCCGGGCUCGGCGGAGGAAGCCCGCUACUCGUACGCUCGAGAACCCAAAGCCUACGAAAACGUCGCCAUGAAACAGGAAGCGCUGAAACGCUUCUCAUGUCACACAUACUGUAUAGUGGAGCCAGGCGGCAGUAAGCGACUUCCCGUCAGAUUAAUUGACACUUUAAAGCCGGAAGCCGUGAGCUCAGAUCCGCAACACGUGUAUUUCGUUUUAGAGCCCGGAUCAAACAAAGUGACUCCUGUGAACGUGUCUGAAGACCGUGGUACCCUGCAGACGUCGCCUGAUCACAUUUACUUCGUACUAGAGCCGGGCCAUGUUCAAGAAACGGAAGAAGCGGAGCCGUACGCCGUCAAUGAUCUGAAUGAGGACCACGCGUAUUUCAUUCUGGAAAAACAGGGGAAUUGAAGGAGAACAUGUUAAAUGCAAGAAGGGAAACACUACAGUUUGUGUGCGUGCGUGUGCCAUGAACAUGUUUAUCAGACUAGCUUCAAUUUUAGUUUUCUAUGGUUGGUAAAUGUUCUUAAAUAUCAAUAGACAGCGUUUCGACCAUGCACGUCUCGGUACUAUAUAGCCAUUCUGAAUGAUGCAUACCUGAAUUGUUCUGCCGUUUUUUUGCAGAUUUUCAUUUUCCAUUUAACCUUUGCGAAGUUUUAAAUUCAAAAGUCUGCCAAACAGCGUUGCAUAUGUUAGUACAUGCGUCGCUGUUGAAAUGCGUCAGAUUCGAUCUCAAUGUGUUUCGGGGGAAGACACGCGUUGAUGGUGGCCACACCGUGCUUAUUAAAAUGUGUAACAUUCCAUGCAAUACGAAUGUUUAUAAGUAUACCAAUACAUGUAAAUGUUGAUGAUUUGGUCAUUUGAGAUGAUUCCAAAAUGACUACGGCAUUCAAGUUGAUGCAUUUAUAUGUACCCCGUUUUAAGAUAGCGUAUCUUAAUUUGAUGCACCUGCUUAUGUGAACUAGUAUUGUCAUGAAAACAAUGAUAAAUGUUUUGUUUUAUUUAUUUAAUCGCAUAAAUAAAGAAUUUCACAGAAA